AUGCUGCGCUCUCCGAACACGCUCAUCUUCAUCUACUCGACGGUCGUCGUUACCCUCGUCGGCACUCAUGUCGCGCCGCCUUCUGGGUUAGAUUGCGGACUGCGCGAGCGCUGGCAGACGUUGUUCAAGCACAAGGAUGCGAGUGCCAUCCGCCAGAUCCAGGAUGCCUUUGAGUGCUGUGGCCUCGCCAACGCGCGCGACAUGGCAUGGCCUUUCCCAGACAAGACACACAAGGCCGACGCAUGCCAGAUCACGUAUGCUGGCAGAGCUGAUGGCUGCUUUAAAUUCUGGAAGGCUGAGGAGCAAGUGGUUGCCGGCAUGCUCAUGUCCGUCGUGGGCAUGGUUUUCAUCUGGCAGAUCCUCAUCAUCGCUAUUCCCACACAGAAGGAGUCCUGGCUGCAUCGUAUUGCGCCGGAACGUAUCUCCCGCAUGAUUGCCGACGAGCGCAACGGCGACACCGAGCCUCGACGAGCCAUCGAUUACAUACCCGGCUACAACAGCAACCGCUACUCUGACCGCAUCGAGGAGGAGACUGAAGAAGACAGCCAGGACUCAGUCCGUGCUAUUGAGGAGGGCAAUCGCCGCCUCGAUGGCGCGCUGCCAGGACAUGUUGAGCGCGACCAGCAGCCUAGUGUCGAGAACGAAUGGGCGAGGAACUAG